CAUGAAUCAACACAGAGGAGGCACAUCGGCCUCAAAGAGGUCGCGAGGCCACGUUUGCUCAAGCCGUGUUGGCUAGAGGCAGGGUUUGUCCGAGGCGGUGGACGGCCACAGGCCUGGAAGCUGGGGCGCGCGCGGCCGACAUGGCCGAGCUCACAGGAGCGCAGCUGCAGCGGACCUGUGCGCCGCUGUACCCGUCCUUCGCACUUGAGUCUUUUGCCGCCCUGGUCCUGUUCUUUUUUUUUCUCUACCUGUCCAUCAUCAUCUCGACCAGGCAGCAGCUCAAGACGCCGGCGAAGUCGAUAGCCAAGUUGAUCUUGCACAACCUCACGGGCUGGUGGGAGGACACGGUCAGAGUGCUCAGCAGGUGGAGUGAGAUGGGCGAGAUGUCGAUGCCCAAGCGAUUACGCUUCUGCCGGAGGUUGAACGCGACGAUUUGCCGGUCGCAGGCCGUCAUCGCGCUUUUGGCCGUGACCCGCUGGCUGCACAUCAACAACGUCAACGGUUUCCGGUACCUGGGCUACGCCUUCACUUGCCCCCUGAUGCAGGCCGAGCUCAUCCUGAUCAUCGCGCCGAUCGUGCCGUGCUACAGGAUGGUGACGCAGAUGACUGCCAUUAUUACUUUCCUGAUGCUGCUGUCUGGGUACAUCGCGUCCCAGUUCGAUGGGAAGCUGUGGGACGGCGACAUCGUCCUCGACAGGAACCUCAGCUUCCUCACCACGAAAGGCUGGGUAACGCUCCCGAGCAUGGUCAUCCUGCUCUUCCUCUCUUUUGUUCAGAUCCCUGUCCUGGGCCUGCUGUACUGCUGGAACGGCGGUGGCCGCGACGGCAGAUUCCCGGCCGGUUACCUGAAGCUCUUGGCGAUCACGUCCGUCACGUGGCUCCUCUUCCCCAUCUGGUGGUUUCUGUCCUUUGAGGGCGAGGGCUACAUCCAGGACACCAAGCUCAACGGCGCUGGCUUCGCUCUCCUCAACAUGACCAGCAAGGGCGCGUUCACGAUGCAGAUGCUGUCCAUGGUCAAGCAGUGGAAGCGCGACUUCGGGAACACCGGGUUUGGGCGGCAGACCUCGGUAGAUUCCGCCGUUGCGGACCUCCAGAAUCUCUCGCCUCGCAGCAACAAAACCGAGAAGUCUGCGGACUGGAUCAUCAAUGGCUUGAAGACGUUCGAUCAGGGCAGCGAUAAUUCGCUGGAUCGGGUCCCAGGUCUGGGCCCCGAGGCGCAGUUGCGGCCACCACCCGAGAAGACGAUUGUCCUCGACACGACUUGCCUGAGCGAUGAGGUGCUUGUCUCGGAGCUGGCGAGGAGGAUCAACCUGAGCAGCGUGGGCAACACCGACCACAUCGUCGGCAAGCCCCUCGACCCCCAGGAGCUCUUCAAGCAGGCGCUGGACAAAGAGAUAGCCAUGGCGUGCUCGAAGUUCGCCUGUGAGGACGACGAUGAGGACGACGAGGAAUGAGAAGGCGGUCGGUCAUACCUCGGGGCUCCGUUUCUCCAGGGACGCCACAGCGACCUUGGUCGAGCCAGAAAAUUCGUGGGCGUCCUUCCAGCCUCGGUCACCACAGGCAGCCUGUGGCGCUUGGCCAGGGCUUCGCGGGCCGCGCCGAGAGUGUGGCUGCUCGGAAGGGGUUCGGCCAACCGUCCGAGACCUCUUGCAAGAGAUGACAGACAGACAGAGAUAACUAGACAGGCGAAGGCCGUGCGUGAAUGUCGCAUCGGUCGUACGUCACUGUGUGCAGGAAUCCAGCCACGCUGCUUCGCAGACCCGCCACCGCGCCGAAAGGUGUCAACGGUGCAUUGGUGGGUUCAUUUUUUUUGGUGGCGCGGUCAUUUAGGCCAUGGCGGAUCUUCCGGCAGCAUCUGGACGUUAGCGCACCGCGUGCACAAAGUUGUUUACGAUGUGCGUCGUCACCACGACGUUUUCAUUUUUAACGCGUGAGUGCGAUCUCUUGUUUGUAGCUGAGUCCCAUUUGGUUCAAACAAGACUUAGACUUUGAUUCGGACAGUGGCUGACCUUCCGGCAGUCGUGUGAUCAAUCGAGUCUCGUUUUUUGCAUUGUUGAUGCCUUGAGAGGAAGAAAAUGCCACCACAAGGGUGAACAGCACGCUCCCCGCUGUGGUCUGAGGCGGACGGCGGAGGAGGACGACGACGACGGCGCCAGCUCUCACGACAGCCACCCGCGGGACGCCCCGCAGGGGGCAGAAGUGCCG